AUGAAAGAUCCUGAGCGCUUGUCAGAAUGGGUUGCAGCAAUCAAACGUAAAAACUGGAAACCGUCAGAUUCAAGCCGAAUCUGCAGUGAUCACUUUACAGACAAAGAUUACAUGCUACGCCCAGGAGCUAUGAUCCCCCGGCUGCGGCUUGAUGCAGUGCCUUCCGUUUUUGAGAAGCCUACCAAACAUUUAAAAGAGCGAGUUAAAAGGAAAAAGAGUGUUGAGACAGACAAAACACAAGUACCAAUAAAAUGUAAUGAAACGGAGGCUCAAAAGAGUGAUCAGGUAACAUAAAGUGGUUUUGAAGUCUGAAUGCUAGUUUAAAGAAAAUAGGGUGUGGGACCUGAGUCGUCCAUAUCGACCUUGAUGCUAUGUCAUUACUCCUGAACCGCAUGCCAGGAACUACUCAACUAACACACACAGACAUACUGUUAGUAAAGUGGUGUGUGUCCACACUUCAAGCAUUUGAGUGAAAGGGAAGAUUAGAGAUUAGGUCAGAACUUCUCCUCCCACCCAAUUGUCAUUGGUUACUGAGUUAUAAGGUAACCAAGUGGGCUUCAAGUCAUAUAUAUGUAUUUUUACUUUUCUCUUUGGCCAGCUUGCUAUUCAUACUCAUUGAGCGAUGACCUUAUUUGUGAUCUUUUGACCAAAGAUUAAAAAUUAAGGGCCGUUUUACUUUAACCUCCACACACUGCACAUGAGCUGGAAAAAAGGGUUGUUGGCUAGUUUAGUGCUCCUAUCUAGUAUAAUUACUGUCCAACGCUCUGUACAUAGGGUGGAUUUAGACGGAUAGGGCACUCAUCAGGCUGGGCUCUAGGUAACUACCAGGGAGUACAAAUGGCCACAAGUUUUUUUUGUUUGUUUAUUUGUUUUUUUGUUCAUUGUGCUAAUAAUCCUGGGUCCCCACAAAUCCUGCGAGCUUUCAAAAGUUUUUUUUUUUUUUUUCUGGUUGUGCAUAGAAACGAGGGAGGGGUUUAAUGGCUACUAUGGACCAAUAUUAGUUUUGAUAACUUUUUCGGUGUUAGUCAGCCUUAUACCCUAUUUAUGGCAGAAACAAGCACCAACAAACACCAAUUUUUGUUUUGCAUUUGUAUUGCCACCUCCUAAUAAUUAUCCCGCAAGUUGCAGGUGAACGCAAAUAAAAACAUAGUCCUGCUUCUAGCCAGAGACUGUAAAUCUCAAGGCAGUAUAACCACUACAGCAAGGUGUAGUAUUAAUGCUGAGUGGCGUCGCUGUGCAAACUGUUAUGUGUUUUGAGUGCUUCAUAAAACCAUUAAUUGACCCAGCAACCGUAUCUAUUUCAGUAUAUCCUUCUAGGAAGAGAUUAAAAACAAAUGUCUUUAACAGGAACAAAUAUCCCUUCCACCAUUAUUGAAUCCUUUCCCCAUCUCACCACCCAUAUCACUCUUAUUUUGCACACCAUUCCCUGUUAUAGCUUUCCAUUUGCAUAUUUUUGGAACAUUUCACAUAUUGGGUAAUUUGUCACCUUUUUGUCAUGCCCAGGCCAUGAACUUCUGCAUUUUCUAUCAUUAAUGUUCCCUUUAAUGGCCACAAUUAAAGGACAUUGUGAAAAAAAAUGCAAAUACAAAACCUAAAUGUAGGCUAAAACUUACUGUACAGGUAGAAUCCAAGUCCAGUUGGUGAUCUCCUUUCAGCCCCGAUAGGGGUAAGAAAGGCACAUAUCCCUCCUAGAGCCCUGAAAACAAAAAACAAAAAAAGUGCCACCAGGUUGUACAGAUGCAGGGGAUAAUCCUAAUAUAAAAUAAGAAAAAGGACACUAAUUCACCAGCACAGAUACCCAACUUGAUAUUGUGCCGGGAAAAAGCUGUACAACCCUAUUAACAUAUGUACAUAGUAUGAGGAGUACUAUGAUCUUAAUUAUUAGUAUUUAAUAUUAAUUUUGAAGUUUUAUUUAUGUUUUGGUUAGUUAAGUGUCCAUUAUUAUUUAGGGAUCCUAAAGCUACUAUAUAUAUCUCCCUAUACAAUUUUAGUGAUGCCAUACUGGUCAUUACUAUUUAUGCGAUUGUUUGGAGCAAAGGACUCUAUGUUGUUCAGGUCAUACCUGAUACCUACUAUGUAGUAGGACUUCACAUUGAGUGUACUCCUCAUACUAUGGAUGGUUAAGGGACAAAUGGGAGUGUUAUGCAUUCCAGUGUGCCCAUUCUAAAAUUAUACCCUUGUGUGAGGUGGUUGUUUCCAUUCUUUCCAAUGAGACUUACCUUGUUUUACAUAACUAUACACCUAAGUGCCUUAUAUUUAGGCAGUAAGUGGUUAAUUUGGAUCAUGAUUUGAUCAACGUUAAAUGUAUUCCUCAGGGAUGAUCAUUAUGUUAAUCCCUUUGUUGCACUGUACUGUCGGGCGGCACUGGUCCCGCCUAUCCAGUGACGUUUUUGUGACUCAUUGGGCUGUUGAUGAGGGGGCGUGGUAUGGAGACGGUGCCCGCCCCUUCACUGCCCGUGUGACACAGUGUUUGACAUCAUGGCCACAUGGGGUAUGCGGACGUGGUGUCCGCCUCCUUCCCCACCCACGUGAAGGAGGCUGGGCUACAGUGGACCACGAGCAUAUGACUGAGAGGCGGGCUUCAUUGGGACCAAUGAGAUGUGAGUUUCCCACUUUGACGAACCAGCUGUUAACAAUGUCCAAUUGUGUUUUGGACAUUUAAAGAAGCGGGAGAGACCGGUAGCUUUUGUAUUUGCCCCUGACGACGGCGUCUUGAUACGCUGAAACGCGCGUCGGGCUUUUUCCUACUUUAUUAUUUUUAACUAUGCACUUGGGAUGUAGGGGUUAGCACUUAAUUGAGUUCCACACCUUUUUUUAGUCCCUCCAUAGGACUAGUUAUGCUAGUUGGCAUUAGAUCUAUGUUAUGCUGAAGCAUUAGGGAUUCUAUUUAGGUAGCAUCUAGCUGUGAUUUUUAGAGAGUUUCUAGAUGAUUUAUGACUAUGUAGUGUAGAAUGGAGCGUCUAUAUGCCUUCUAGAUACCUACUAUUAGUCUUUACUAGAUCUCUCUAUCUAAUUUAGAACAGACUAUGUCUACCUUUAGUUCUAUCUGCCUAUUGCUAUUUUAGCCUCUUACAUAGAUAUUUUCUGCCUUCUACAUCUAUGUACCUAGUGGAUAGGAGUCUAAGGCUUUUAUCUUUAAUAAAUUACGAUACAAUUUUUAUCAUAAGUAUAUGUUAAUAGGGUUGUACAGCUUUUUCCCGGCACAAUAUCAAGUUGGGUAUCUGUGCUGGUGAAUUAGUGUCCUUUUUCUUAAAACUUACUGUAAUUAGGAUUCAAGUGGCCUUAGUACAUAUCAAACUAUGUACCUAUCUAAAACGUUAACGUAAUUGUGGAGAGCUUGCUUGUGAUGUAUUUCUACAUAACUGUUGUCGGUGCUGCAACAAGCUUUGAAUAAUUUUUGAAAAAUCAGAUUAGAUUUUUUUUUUUUUUUUUUACUGCUUGUCUUCCACAUGAAAAACAUCAGUAAACACCAGAUUUCAGUGAAAUCAAAUAAAGUAAUUCGUAGAAAACUGCAGUUUUGUGUACUUUUAAAAACCGUUUAAUUAUACUCCUCUGUUAUUCUGCACAAAGCAGUGAUUGAGGCUUUAUUAGACACAAAGGUUAAAGAAAAAACAAAUAUUGUGUGCACUUCAAAAUGUAUAUCAUUAUUAUUUUCUCCGUGAUUCACAUGUUGCCCCUGUCAACUGCAGUUACAUUGAGAACUGUACAGAUUCUUAUUAAACUUGAGACUCUCUCACUGCAGGUAGCAGUAAGGGAAAGUCGCCAUAUAUGGAAAAUCUUCAUAUAUCCUAUAAGAAAAAAACAGAUUGUUUAUAUGUCAUUACAUUUAAACCAUAAAGCACAUCUCAAAGAAUAUUAUUAAUCAAUAAAAAUAAAGCAAAAGGUUGUAGCUGAAAUAUAUAUGAAUCUUUCUGUAAGUAAAAAUUCACAUAACAUAAAUUAGCCUAAAAAGUUAAAGGGACACUAUCGGCACCCAGAUCACUUGAUCUCAUUGAAGUGGUCUAGGUGCAAUGUCCCUAUUCCCCUUAGUCCUGCAAUGUAAAUCAUUGCACAUUUUAAGAAACUGCAAUAAAUACAUUGCAGGACUAAAACUGCCACUUGUGGCUGUAAACCAGAAAGCCACUAGAGGCACUUCCUGGUUGCUAGAUGCCUUGACUUACUUCCCUUGUAACGGAGCUCCCUGUACCCCUGGCUGGGUACCUCCGCCAAGGACCGCUUCUUAGCUAGAACAGGGGACAAACCAUAGCACUUCUGCCCAGGGUGGCCGUGGCUUGACUGGUGUCUUGGAACCGCUCCCUCCUGGGGCCAAAUGGGGAACUCACUCUAUCCACCUCCAGGCACUGGACGACACUCAGUCCUGAGAGCUCUAGUCCUUACAAGGACUUUCCCUGUUGAAUCAUCCACACUGGAACAGUGAUUAAAGAAUAGUCCUUUCCCCUUCCAGUAACCAGACGACACAUAGUUCUGGGAGUAAAAACGGGAAUAUUUGAAUCUGGCCAGUUGGCCUGGUUUUCUAGACACAAUUCUAGACACAGUUAAGCUUGCCCCUGACACUCCCACACAAACAAGAUUAUCCCUCUCCUGGACCUGAGAGGGGACAAGUUACCAGUCCCAAACUCCUCCCCUGUGCCUAAGAUAAUUGAGUCAGGAACUGAACUAACUAGUCGGUUCUCUCACACCUCACCCCUCUGUCAGGCCUUACAUUGGUUUCCUGUAUGCUAUAGGAGUAAAUUCAAGGUACUAAUUCACACCUAUAAAGCACUGAACAAUUAUAGCCCCUUUUAUAUCUCUUCACAGAUCCAUAGGUAUGUCCCUUCUCGGUCUCUCGGCUCUGCCCGUGACCACCUCCUGUCCGUUGUUCGCACGCGUACGGCCAACUCACGCUUGCAGGACUUCUCGCGGGCGGCUCCUUUCCUAUGGAAUAGCCUGCCUACCUUUAUCAGACUCUCCCCUAGUCUUGCAUCUUUUAAGAAGUGCCUUAAAACCCAUCUCUUUAGGAAAGCUUAUGGCCUCCCAGACUAACCUCUACCUCACAUACCUGUCUCCUGCUCUCUCCUAAAGGGCAGCACUCUACUCUCUCCUCCAGCUCUGCCUCACUCCCACCUUAUCUGAUAGUAAAUUCCUGUCCUAUUGUGUUUUACACCCCACCUCCUAUAGAAUGUAAGCUCGUUUGAGCAGGGUCCUCUUCAACCUAUCGUUCCUGUAAGUUUUUUGUAAUUGUCCUAUUUAUAGUUAAAUCCCCCCUUUCAUAAUAUUGUAAAGCGCUACGGAAUCUGUUGGCGCUAUAUAAAUGGCAAUAAUAAUAACUACAUUAUCUCCAGACACAAAAAAACACCAUUCACAGACAUUCCAAAAAUACCUUAAAAAUAAAUAAACCCCCCCUAAAAGUUAAAAGUGACCAACAUAUAUAAAAAUCAUCCAGAUUGGUUCAGGGGUUCGGGAAUUUCCUGGAAGUCCUAAUUUGACCAAGCGCACACGAGGCUCCUCCCCAAAACAGUUCCAUAAGAUCAGGGCUAAUGGUUGGGCUAGUUUGCUAGUUUAAAACCGAACAUAGUCAAUAGUCUUACCCUGGAGCUUGUUCCCGUUGUUCGUGGGAACGUUUCCACCAGUGUCCUCCUAAGUGUUGUAGAACCGAACUUAGGCGAUGGUGGAUAUUACAGGGCCCAUAGUCUGUGGGCAGGAGGCUGGCAAGCAGGCUCCCCCAGGAGCUUGUGGCAAACUCACGUGGGAAGGGGAGUUUGUCCCACCCUGGUCUCCUGCUUUUUGGAACACCAAGGAACUGUCUAAACAAUCAUAGCACUAGCACAACAUUAGACACACUCGCGCUAUGAUCCUGUAAAGAGCACUGUGGCAAAAGUAACCUUGACACUGGUUCUUGGAGGGGCCUGUUUGACAGCCUCUGGCCCCUGUAAUAGACUUUGUUUAAAAACACUGUUUGUGCCCUUUUGAACUUAUACAAGGAACACUUCGAACUUUGAAGUGGUUCAAAGCAGCAUUUGAACAUGUGGCAGCGGCCAUCUUAAGCCACGAGUACAAUGAGCGGUGUAUGGUCAUUGAGUUCAUGGAACUCAAAUGGGACACUCGACAGCAUGAACACCGCUCACUACUUACCUUCCAUGGAUGUUCGGCUAUUCGAACAGCUUUCGGUAAGAACAAACUCUCAAAGGAGAGACAUAGACUAAGUGCCAUACAAACUCUCUACGUUCUGUAUUUUAUUGUUACUUCGAAUUCCAGAAGUAGACCAACCGCACAGCCUAAUACUCUGGAAAUGUUUUGGGCAUGGAACCAUGUGUGCGGUCAGUCAAAAUGUGACUUCCAUAAAAUUCAUGAACCCCUGAACUGAUCUGGGUGAUUUUUGGAUAUGUUGGUCACCCAGAUCAGGGGGAUAUGUUGGUCACCCAGAAUUGUGGGGAUUUUUUGUGUUUUGGGGUACUUUUGGGAUUUUAUAAAAAUAUGUUUUUUCUUCCUGGAGAUAAUUGAGUUAAUACACUAUCUGAAUCCAUUAUCUCCCAGGCAGAGGGGAUGAAUUGUAUGUUUGUUAUGGGAGUGUCAUGCGUUUAAACACUGUUAUGAUUGGUCUGUGACUUUGUGUUGGAGUCCCCAACAAGGUCCAUAUUGGCGUAACCCUUGCAUGGGGAUUGUCAUAUAAGGCCAAGUGUGGCACCAUUAAAAUCUGUUCCAGUUUACACAGAGCCUUUUCACAUGCUUCUAGAGGAAAGCUAUACCUGUUAUAAUCCAUGCUCUUGGGAUUGCUCUUUGGAGUUCUAUAAUCACUAGCUCUUUUAAGAGCUGUUCAUGCUACGAGAGGUCUGCCCACUGGAAUUUGGAUUCUAGUCUUGGGUCCAGGGUGGGUGUAGGAGGCGAGACCCCAGCCAAGCUGUAGCACUGGAAGUGGGGACUACGGUGCUGAUGGUGUCUCGUGGAGUAUUUGAAGUCCUCAGUGAACACUAGGAGCAUCGAUUGGUGGAGGCACCCGGUCGGGGUGCCAGGUGGUCCGUCACAAGCACUGAAACAGUGCUCCCUGCAGGGUCUUCUCUGAAUGGCUGAGCUUGCAAGAUGGUCAGUCAGUUGUUGGUGUAUUUACACCAGAUUGACCUGCCAGUAAUGUAGGCAAACCUGCCCUCCUUUCCAGGUGGGUCUGUCACCUUAUUGGUUGGAGCCAGUGACAUAAUCACCGCACUAGCCCGCCUCCUUUACACCCCUCCCACCGCCGUCCCAGUUUGUAGACUGUCGAAGUUGAGAGGUAUGUAAUAGGCAGUUCAUUGGUCUAGGAACUCCAAAUUAAAUUUAAAGGAACACUCCAAACACCAUAGCCAUUGUUGUGCCAGGAGUGGCCUGGUGCUCUUCACCACUUCCACUGUAAGUAGUCAAACUGUUUUAGAAUGGUUUGACUUCUUACUUGGUGUUUGCUGUGUGCCGCUCACUGUCUCCCCUAGAACCCUCAGAGAGCUGGAAGGUCCUGCUUAAUGGCCUUAAACUGUACUAGUGCAUUAUAGACUGCUUAAAUCGGUGUUGCCUAUUACAAAUGUUUGUCUCCUUUCUUAGGAUGAUCGUAUCCCUGAGAUGAAAACCUUAUUCACCUGCUCAGUGCCAAAUUGCAAUAACCAUAUUUUCAAGGGAAAAGACAAACACUUUUUCAGGUAAACAGUAUAUCAGUUGUUGUAAUAGUACAUGUUGCUAAAAUUCUUCAUUUAAAUAGUCUAUGGGUGCAUUGGGUAUGCAUUUAAUUGGAUAAGGGAGGACAUUUAAUCCGUUAUGUAAUAAAACAAAAUGAGGAGGGGCAUAAUACAAUAUUAAACAGUUCAGAGCAGUAUAAUACAAUAUUAAAAACAAGUUCAGAACAUUUACUUAUAAGACAGGAUUGUAACAAAAAUAAUAUCUGGUAAUAACCAAUCUUUGCCAGAAAUGGCCACGUAUUGCAAUCGGUCUGAAACAUACGAUCGAAACCAGGUUAGCGGAUGAUGAGUUUUUACGUUUUUGCAGAAGAAUGCCAUGGUCUACUGUGUCAAAGGCCUUGGCAAAAUCAAGGAAAAUAGCUCCAGUUAAAUGGAAACUCCAGUGCCAGGAAAACAAUCCUCUCCCUCUCACCUCCCAUCUCAGGUAGCUGAAGGGGCGAAAACCCCUUCAGGUCACUUACCUGAGACCCCGCUGAUGUCCCUCGGCGGUGGUUUCGGGUCGGCGACGCUCCUCCCAGUAAUUAUGUCAGCCGGUGGGCAAGACUGAUCACGCGCACGUGCAUUAGGUCUCCCGAUAGGAAAGCAUUGAAAAAGAUUUUCAAUGCUUUCCUAUGGGGAAUUGAGCGACGCUGGAGGUCCUCACACAGCGACGCUCUAGCAAUCUUUGCUAUGAAUAAGGAAGUGCCCUCUAGUGGCUGUCUAGUAGACAGCCACUAGAGGUGGAGUUAACCCAGCAAUGUAAUUAUUGCAGUUUAUAAAAAACUGCAAUAAUUACAGUUGCAAGGUUAAGAGUAGUGGAAGUUGGCACCCAGACCACUCCAAUGGGCAGAAGUGGUCUGGGUGCCUGGAGUGUCCCUUUAAGUCUCCUUGUUCCAUGCCAAUUUGGAUGUCAUUGCAAACUUUUAAGAGGGCAGUCGAAGUUGAGUGAUUUGGACAGAAGCCUGAUUGAUCAGGGGUCAGAUAAUUUGAUUGUUGAUAAUAUUCACAUAGUUGCGUGUGGACGCAUUUUUCCAAGAUUUUUGACAAUACAGGGAGCAAUGAUAUCGGACGAUAGUUAGAUACCAAAGUAUUGUCACCACUUUUAUGGAUAGGUAUACCUUUUGCACUCUUCCAAAGUUUGGGUAUGUAUCCUGACACCAGGGAUUUAUUGAUAAGGGUAGUGACAGGUUUAGCAAUUGCUGGCGCACUGAGCUUCAGCAAUAUUGCUGGGAUUUGAUCUGGUCCACACUGGUUUUUCAUUUUAAAAUUAUUAAGAUGUUUAUUAAUGACACUAACAGGCACAGGUCUAAAAUAAAAUUUCUCUGUAUGAGGAUUUUGAAGAUUUGGCAGGUCCUGAUCUUUAUUUGCGGUCUGGAAAUGAGUGUAAUUUGUUAUCUUAGCAACCAGGGUGGUAGCACAUUCAACAAAAUAAUUAUUAAAGUUAUUUGCUACAUCUACAAAAAUAAUAUCUGGUAAUAACCAAUCUUUGCCAGAAAUGGCCACGUAUUGCAAUCGGUCUGAAACAUACGAUCGAAACCAGGUUAGCGGAUGAUGAGUUUUUACGUUUUUGCAGAAGAAUGCCAUGGUCUACUGUGUCAAAGGCCUUGGCAAAAUCAAGGAAAAUAGCUCCAGUUAAAUGGAAACUCCAGUGCCAGGAAAACAAUCCUCUCCCUCUCACCUCCCAUCUCAGGUUGCAGAAGAAUGCCAUGGUCUACUGUGUCAAAGGCCUUGGCAAAAUCAAGGAAAAUAGCUCCAGUUAAAUGGAAACUCCAGUGCCAGGAAAACAAUCCUCUCCCUCUCACCUCCCAUCUCAGGUUGCAGAAGAAUGCCAUGGUCUACUGUGUCAAAGGCCUUGGCAAAAUCAAGGAAAAUAGCUCCAGUUAAAUGGAAACUCCAGUGCCAGGAAAACAAUCCUCUCCCUCUCACCUCCCAUCUCAGGUAGCUGAAGGGGCGAAAACCCCUUCAGGUCACUUACCUGAGACCCCGCUGAUGUCCCUGCAGUGUUUGGUUGUCCAUUUUGACAGUGGAGAGUUGGGAGUGGAUUAUGGGGGUUUGUAUGCAAUUUAGGUUUUUUCCAGACGUUUCUUGGGUUUGAUAGGUUGUUCAAAUUUUCACUGAAAUAUUGGGCCUUUGCCAUUUUUGUUUUGUGCAUGCAUUUUGACAUUGUCUGUAAGUAGAGUGAUCGUUCAUGGAGCCAGUACGCUUGAACUUUGAUGACAGUGAAUCUCUAAACUGGUACAUUUGAAUGAGGCAAGCUGUAACCCAGGGCAGGUAUGUCCCUUUUAGCCGCACUUUACGCAGAGGGGCAUGCAAAUUCCAAACAAGCAAGAACUCGCACUGAAAAAAUGCAAUUGCAUAGUCUAGAUCUGGUAUUAGACCAAACCCUAAUCCAUAACCACUAUUCUCAUUGCCUAAACCUAAGUUCCUGAUUCCUGACCCUAAUGUUUCCAACUCUAUUCCCAAUCAAGUAGAGCAGUCAUAUGAAAUAAACCAGGGGGUCCCCAAUUAAUUUUUUACCAUGGAACCCUUUGACAUAGUAUACAAAAAUGGUGGAACCCCCCUGAAAUAUUUUGUGCCGUAGCACCUUUUAAUUAACAGUGCACAAUGUUUUCUUUUUUGGCAUAUUUUGGUGUGUUUUUUUUUGUGGUAUAUAUACACUCAUUUUUAUAGAUAGUAGACAGAUUGUAGUACUUAGGAUCAGGUGUGCUUCUGUGUGUAGAGUUGAUGUUUGUAUAUAAUUUUAGCAUUUUAAUACAGAGGUGUGUUUGUAUGUAAUGUUUGCAUUUGCGUGCAGUGGUGUGUUUGAAUGUUGUGUUGGAUUUUAAAUGUGGAUGUACAUUUGUGUGUAGUAUUGGUGUUUGAGUGAAGGUUGUGUUUGAGUGUUUGUAUACAAUUUUGGAGUUGGAGUUCCGGGGUGUCUAUGUAUGUCAUGUUUGUAUUUGCAGGGUUGUGUUUACAUGUUGUGUUGUUGUUGGAUUGCUGGGAUGUCUGCACAUACGUACUUUCACAGAUAUACAUACACAUUAACAAACAGAAACACACUGACACAUACACACUGUCAUAUACACACUGACACACACACACAGAUACACACACUUGCACAUACACAUGCUCAAAUACACACACACUGGCACAAAGAUACACACACUGACACACAGAUAUAUACAUUGGCAUACAUACACACUGACACACGAACACACACUGGCACAUAAAGAUGGUGGUGUGCUUGGAGUACUGGUGUGUGGAAUCUGCAGCAGCUCCACCAGCGCUCUCUAAGUCUAGGAGGAAGUGAUAGGCUGUCACUUCCUCCCAGCCUCCAAUACUACAGGCCAGCACUUAGGCCCCCCAGAUGGGUAUCGAUGAACUUUUAAUAAUGAACACAGUUAUUAAACACAUCCAAGCAACUGUCAGCAUAAUAGUUAAAAGAGAAAUCAGUAAAUUGCCAAUUAUCUAAAAGCUAAUCAAUUAAUAAAAAUGUCAGACAUAAGUUUUUAACUGUAGAGUGGGUAAUCCAGUAACAGCCAGAGGGGGGUCAGUUAGAUGGAGACCCGACCACAGAUAGUUGCAGAAGAAGGAGGUAUUGGCUUGUGCAAAUCAUAAAAAAAAAAAGCAAAAUCUUUUUACAUAUAUAAAUCCAUCUUUUUAUGUAGAAGAUUCCCACGAUUCUCUGCGUUUGCCUUUGAUUUCCUGGAGAGCCCUAAGGGACUGCACCCAAAGACUCCUUACAUCAUAACCAUGACAAUAAGAUCUAGUAGUUAUAUCGCUGAGUGUAGCCCAUAAUCUGCUUUGCCUACAGCUAUCCACCCUGUCAAAUAAUAUGUGUAACUUCUCUUGCAUGUUGUGUUCACAAAGACUGUCGUGUAGCUUGUGAGAUUGCUUGUGCAGCAGCCACAUGCUUAAUUCAUGUAACAAUGAGUGAAACUGUUUAAUCUUUGCACUGUGUGAGUGCAAAGUAGGUUCUGAAAUGAAUAGGUUCUCACAAUGUGUAUGAGAAACCUUGUACAAUUACACAUUCUAAUAUUUCUUUUCUCUCAAUGUUUCAUAGCUAACUUAGUAUUUACUUCCUAUUUCCUAUUCGUGAAAUGUAUUCCUACUUCACAUAAAUUGGCAAAUUUCAUUCUAGGUUAUUGACUAUAUUUGUAAACAUUGUGGUUAUUAAUUACUUCUUUAGAUUUCCCAUAAAAGAUCCUGAGCUCCUAUCUAAGUGGCUUACAGCAAUUGAUGGUAAAAACUGGAAACCUUCAGAUUCCUGUCGAAUUUGCAGUGAUCAUUUUACAGAUAAGGAUUACAUGCAUCCUGGUGCUGAAAUCCCUCACCUACAGCUCGAUGCAGUUCCCUCUAUUUUUGACAGAUCAUCUGAUCAUUUACAAGAAGAGAUUGGAAGGAAAUAUGACAUAAAGGAGGAAUCAUGCAAACAGCCAGUAGUAACAAACGAAGACACACAGACUAAUCUUAAGGAGCAGGUAACCUAUACAAAACACAAACCCAUCUCCACCUUCUAGGUUCAAUGUGCAACCUGUGAUGUAAGUGAACAAGGCACUUUUUGUAUGACCCUUCAAGUGGAGAUUGUGUAUUUAACUUAUAAAAGUGAAUGGGGGGUUUAUACAAAAAUGGUAUAGCAGGUUUGUUGUUUUCAAAAGCUAUGUUUCUGAAAAGUGUUGUGUUUUCAGUGAGAUGAUAAAUAAAAGUGACCGUUGGCCAACAGUAAAUUGCAACAUUGCAUAAUCCAAGGGAUUUAUUGCACAUAUUAACUGGAUUGUAAACGGUCUUGAAUAAGAUUUAAAAGAAAUGUCGAAAGACGUUCUGCUGUUUUCCUGUGAUUUCAUGACUAAAUUGUUAUGGCAAUAUUAAUACUGCUAAUAUACUGUUAUACAUUGAUACCAUAUGUAGCAACAGCCUUAUUGUGGUCCCCUUACAGUCACUUCCUGACCAGACUAAGCAAAGAGAGGUUAGCUCUGUGGGAGAUCAGGCUUCAAGCUCCUUUGUGGCAAGUCUACCUUGUGGGUCAGAGCUGCAAGAAAAGGAACAAACAGAAACAAGCAAUACACAGGUAGUGUUAGUUAUUUUUUACAUAGAUACAUAUAUAUUCUCAUCAUGAUAUAUAUCUAUACACCCCAUCUUUUAAGGGUCACUCUAAGAACCAUUACCAUUACAGCAGAUUGUAGUCAAAGGAAGCUACGGGGUAGGGGAAACUUCCUUUCCAUUUUCUGUCAAACUUUCAGAACGUUUGACUGAAAUAAACAAAUGAUUCCCUAGGAUCCCAGUUCCAUCCCUUUAGUUGGUGAUGAAAUAAUGAGGAAGUUUGUACCAUGAGUGUUUAGAUUGUGCAAACAGAAGCUGCUAGUUCUGAAGUAUCGUUGUGGCCAAUACCCUAUUAGCCUUUUCAUUGGGAGCAAUCUGACACAAGUGCUUUAUGGUGCUUGACAAGAACUAGAGAGCUGCAUCAAGUCUCUUUGCAUCAUUAUGCUGUAGUGGUUAAUGUGCAUUGAAUGUACCUUCAAAUACUAUACACAUGUCAACCGAAUUACAGAAACCCUGAGGGUUUAGGGCAAAGUUGUCAAACUGUACCCUCCCAGAUAUUUUAAACUAAAAUACCAUCGUCCUUAAUAGGAGUUCUAUUUUUAAAGUAUCUAUGGGGCUCAACACUCGUGUUUUGUGUAAAAGAUCAAUCUCAAACUUCAGUGUAUAAAGAGAGCAGAUGAAAAGGUUAUAUGUAAACAAUGAAGCAUUGUAGUUUGUUCUACGAUUUCUUACAUAGAGUCUAGUUAGAGACUUAACUAUCACAGUUUUAUUCUGUGUUGGUUGUCUGAGGUGGCCAUAAUGCAUCCAAAAUGACUAUUCCUAGCUUUUUAAUCAGAAUAUUGUCAUAUAAUUUAUUCAUUACAAAUUGCACAACUCCUAAAUCUCUGUUUAAACUCCUAAAUUCCUGGCACCAUAACCACUAAAAAGCUUGAUUGUUGUGGUUAUGGUGCCAUGAAUUCCCUAGCCCCUUCUCACAGUGAGAAGUCAAAUUAAAUUUGAAAGAUGUCACACUUACCUGGGUUUUAGACAUCGCUAAAGUGGAAGUUCCCUUCAAUUUAGCAAUAUCAGUUUUGUCCAAUUUCAUACAUCAUUCAUGGGCUCCUCAUUCAUUGAUUCGUCCAAAGUUGGACAAAACUGAUAUAACUGAUGCUGAAUGCAAAGUUCUGCAUUAAUGAUAUCAGAAGUCUAAGGAUCAUGGCUGUGGUAACCAGGUAAGUGUCAAAGCAUUAAAAAAAAAUGAUAUAACAAUACUUCUGGACAGCAUUAGGGAUCUUAUGGUGUUAAGAGUGCCCACUUCUCAGGGCACAAUUUUGUGAAAGUUCUGAUCUGUUUGUUGAUAAGUGAAGUUGCGGAAUACUCUCAGACCCAAGUUGGGUCUACGUCAUAGCAGCAUGUGCCAGUUUAAACUACCUAUAUAAUUAAGAAAACCUCUGUGUUUAAUAAAAUAACCCACAUAAUGAUGAUUGAUAUGAAUAUAUUUGAUCAUGCUUAUAUACAAAUAUAUUGUUAUCAGCUUGGGGGUAUUAAAUUAGAACAUAACUCAGGAAUCCUGCUGUAAAUACUGCACAAAUAAAAUUGAAUGUCUAGCAAGAUUAAAAGCCCCUGGUGAUUAAGCACUCUUAUUUAUUUAUUUGGUCCUGCUGAAGCAGAAAAUUAUAUUUCAUGGCAGCUAUGUAAAUUGUAUUCCUUGGGAUCAUCAGCAAUACCCCUUGUUCACAGUUUGAAAUACUUGUAAGAAACUCUGUACCGCACUAUUGUUUACUGAUAAUUCUUUCUCUGUGUCUUUACUUUACUAGAUUGCAUGUUUUCUUAAGAACAGACAAAUGUCAAAUAUAUGUGCUGUGAAGGGCUGCAAAAAUGCUUAUAUUAAAGGAAGUGGCAAACAUUUUUUCAGGUAAUCAAUAUUCUAAUAUUAUAUAUAAUAUUCGCUAAGUAUCAUAGUACAACUAUUAAUCUAGCAAUAAUUAACCAAAGAAACUUUGCCAACCUGUGUAGUUUAGUACUAUAGUUUGAUAAAAGUGAUUUUUAAUGAAUGAACAUGGACAUUUUAAUUUAAUCUAUUUGUUAAAAGCCACAUAUAAUGCCACCGUGUGAAAACGUAAUCAUCCCUUUAGACUGAAAAACAGAUUACAAUACCUUUACGGGCAAUAUCUAAAUAUUCCUUUAGUGAUGAAUCAGUUUUUACCAGAAGUAUGAAGGGAUUUUCAUCCAUGUCUUCAUACUAAUCUAUUUAACCCCUUAAGGACACAUGACAUGUGUGACAUGUCAUGAUUCCCUUUUAUUCCAGAAGUUUGGUCCUUAAGGGGUUAAACUCAAUGAAAUUUGCAUUUUUGAGCAUAAACUGUUUAUUUCUGGUCCUGUGACAAUAUCGGUAUGAAGUUAAACUUUAGACUUACUAGAUCAUUCCAUAUGAAUACAGAAAUGAAAAGAAAAAACCUACCAUAGAGUGUCUCAACAUUUUGGUAAAUAUAGUCACAAUGAAAUGAGCAUAAGAAAUAACUUUUAAUGGAUAUAUUAAAAUGAAAAAUAGAAAAGAUAAAAGCAAAACAAAAAGCACAAGGCUACAAAAUAAUAUGUCCUAUAAACUAGUUGGGGUAUAAAAUCUCGAAGAGAACCAAUAGCAAGAGAAGUGUUGCUUCAAAGAAAUAAUUAUUAGUGUAAAGUAAAACUACUUGCUAUGAACAAUGUGACUGAAUUCUAAAUAGUAAAGUGGGAUACUAGUAUCUGCUAAACUCCUCCUGCAGAACAGGGUUGGUUGAAUAUAGAUGAAAUGCCUCUAGUGCACAAGGGGUUAAACAGCACAACAGUUGGUUGCAAUGAUUAAUAGAAAAGAGGCAGGGAAUACCUAUAAAAUAAAGAGGUAUAGGAGACAGCUGCAAAAUAGGUUAGAUAUAAUGGUCAGUAGAAAUAUAGAGACUAUAGGUAAUCCUGACACUUGCUAGCAAGAGAGGUGUAAAUACAAAGAGAUACUUUAAUAGUAAAAAGUGAAGCCACUUUCUAUAAAUAAUGUCACUGAAUUCAAGAUGGGAGGGUGGGGUAUUAGUAUCCUCUGAACUCCUCCUGCAAAACAGGGUCUGCUGUAUAUAGAUAAAGUACCUCUAAUACACAAGAGGUUAGACAGUACACCAAUAUGGUUGCAAUAGUUAAUAAAGAAGAGGCAGAGAAUAUCUGUAAAUAGGGAGGUAUAGGAGGCAGUAGCAAUCUAGGAUUAGAUGCAAUGAUAAAAAGAGAUGUAGAAAAUAUAGGUAAUCCUGAUGCUUGUAAGAUAGAAAAUCUAAGUGCCUUCGAGGGCACCCCUUAAUAAAUGCCUAUACUAUAUAACUCAACCCCCCAAAAAGGUAUAAAUACAGAGAGAUACUUAAAUAGUAAAAAGUGAAGCCACUUGCUAUAAACAAUGUUCAAGAUGGGAGGGUGGAGUAUUAGUAUCCUCUGAACUCCUCCUGCAGGACAGGGUCUGCUGUAUAUAGAUGAAGUAUCUCUAAUACAGAAGAGGUUAAACAGCAUACCAAUGUGGUUGCAAUAGUUAAUAGAAAAGAGGCAGAGAAUACCUGUAAAUAGGGAGGUAUAGGAUGCAAUAACAAGCUAGGAUUAGAUGCAAUGAUAAAUAGAGAUGUAGGAAAUAUAGGUAAUCCUGACGCUUGUAAGAUAGAAAAACUAAGUGCCUUCGAGGGCACCCCUUAAAAAAUGCCUAGACUAUAUAACUCAACCCCCCAAAAAGGAAUAAAGAGACAGAGGAUAGGACGAGUAAAAAGAAUGCCUAGUUGUAAAAGCAAGAUCGCUAGUCAGACCGUGGCUGAAUAAGUGCAGCAGCAGAGGAAUGUCAAGCUAGGCUUCCUGAGCCCCUGACAUGCACGUUUUAGUCUGGGUUACUCAUUAGAGGGUCAUGCCAAAUGCCAGCAGAAUGCUUGGUUGUAUAGGGAGAAGUAUUAGCAGUAGAAAGAAGGAAGUGCUCAUGGCAUUGUACAGAACACUGGUGAGACCUCACUUGGAGUAUUGUACGCAGUACUGGAGACCGUAUCUUCAGAAGGAUAUUGAUACUUUAGAGAGAGUUCAGAGAAGGGCUACUAAACUGGUUCAUGGGUUGCAGGAUAAAACUUACCAGGAAAGGUUAAAGGAUCUUAACAUGUAUAGCUUGGAGGAAAGACAAGACAGGGGGGAUAUGAUAGAAACAUUUAAAUACAUAAAGGGAAUCAACACAAUAAAGGAGGAGACCAUAUUUAAAAGAAGAAAAACUACCACGACAAGAGGACAUAGUCUUAAAUUAGAGGGGCAAAGGUUUAAAAAUAAUAUCAGGAAGUAUUAAUUUACUGAGAGGGUAGUAGAUGCAUGGAAUAGCUUUCCAGCUGAAGUGUAGGUUAACACAGUAAAGGAGUUUAAGCAUGCGUGGGAUAGGUAUAAGGCUAUCCUAACUAUAAAAUAAGGCCAGGGACUAAUGAAAGUAUUUAGAAAAUUGGGCAGACUAGAUGUUCUUAUCUGCCGUCACAUUCUAUGUUUCUAUGUUACCAGUGAACCACUCAAGGACAGCUGUUUCGUUGUUAAUGCAACUCAUCAGCAUGAGGUUGGUUACUGGUUUGCUUAUUGAGGCUUGGUAGUGCUUGGGAAGCAAAAUCCAAAUAUUUUAUGGUUAUGGUGGGGAAAAAUUGUAACAUCACUGCAGAUUUGGGAUUUCUGUGGGAAAAGCAAGUCUUAUGGCUUGACUGGUGUGCAGAUUUUUGUUUAACAUUGUAUUAACUAUCCACAGACUUCAGGUGGAAGGGGUUUUCAAUCACAAUUUUUCCCCACCAUAACCUAUUUGGAUUUAUAUAUAUAUGUGUAUAUAUAUAUAUAUAUAUAUAUUGGAAGGCUUGGCCUGAAGUUGUGGGAGGGGUUUAUGGACCUUUAAAAGGGACUCCCCCUUCCCUACCCUACCGUGAUUGGUCUGACGAGCUGCAGGCUGAUGAGACUGUCUGGUUCAGUACAGAACCAUCUACUUCCAGUUCAAAGGUCAUCAACACAAACUGCCUAAACUCCAAACAAUCUGGUCUUGGCCUAGUGUGGCCCAAGCAAGUAUUUGUUUUACCUCACUCUAGUAAACAGCCGCCUAACUAGAAGCUCAUGGGGCACUGCCGCGUCCAGCCCAGCCAUGGCUUCUAUAACUGUUGUUUUUUUAACAAAACCGUGAGUUUGUUUGUUCAGCCAUUCGGAUAUGGCAAAUUUUACAAAUAAAGCAAAUUCAGCCUAUUUCAAUCGUACAUAGCAUGCCUCAUUCUGCUUACUGUAUUUGGCAGCGAUGCCUCAUUCUGCUUACUGUAUUUGGCCCACAAUAGGCCAUAUCGACUUUUACCAUAUGCAUUUUAGUUAGUCACCCUGCAAUGUAAUGUUUUACUCUACAUUUUAAAGUUUUGUGUCUGUCCUGGGUAUUCAUGUACUUUUUGAGCCUUCAUUGUUUAGUAAGUAUGUGGCUAGGUGUUGCAACUGACUGUCUAAAUUUAUGUCAGGCCUAAACUUGGGCCUAUACGGCAGCAUUGCUAAUGAAAUAUGAAACAUUUUGAACUUACUUGGCGCCCUUUUCCUAACUGAUGUAAUUUGAGUAUUCUAUCUCUUACUGCUGUAGAAUUCUUUCUUCUUAAUUGUCACAGUUUUCUUCAGAUCUGCAGCCAGAUUAAUUGUUCUUUUCUGGAGUGGGGCAUUUAUUCAUUACUCUAAUGUCUCGCAGGCAAUUGUAUUGCCAUUAGGGCAUUUGUUCAGGCAUGUAAACAUGAAGCUUCCUGAGAAAGGUGGCUGAAUAUAUUUACAAACUGCGUGUUUUAGCUUUUUAUAUUUCUUCAAAUUAUUUUUCAAUUUUAAACCAAUUACACUUUAAAAUAAAAAUUUUUGAGUUUAAAUGUUUUCAGAUAAAGCAUCACACAAGACAAAAGUUAUAUAAAUAGUUUGUUUUCAGUAAGAUUUGGGUCAGCGUCUGAAUACUUUUGCAACACAUUAUAUGUUAUAUAAAUGUUACUAUGUGUGUGGGUUUAUGCAUGUAUUUGACUAUGUGUGUGUAUCUAUAUAUGUAUGAAUGAGUCUGUGUGUUAAAGUGUAAAUGAAUAUGUCAGUAUUUGUGAUUGCGUACCUAUGGAUGGAUGUGACUAUGUGCCUGUCUAUGCAGGUAUGUGACAGUAUAUGUGUAUGUUUGUUAUUCUGUUUAUUUUUAUAUAUGUACUUAAAGAGACACUGCAGUCACUAUAACCACUGUAUCUUUGAAUUGGUUAUAGUGCCUGGAGUGACCUGGCACUGUCCCUCCAUUCAGUGUUGCACCAUGUUUGUGCAGUAUGCCACAAAAUAAGAGUCCCUGGCCACCCACAGUCCGGCCCCUUCUGUAUGCGUAGCUAAGGCAGAGAUUUUACACUACCUUGAUGUCAUACCCAUUCAUACCGUCAGUUGGAGCUCUGACACGUUAAAAGCAGUCAGCUGACACACUCAGCCAAUCACAGCUGCCCAUUGCCUCUCAGGGUAAUACUUCCUUAUUAGCCAAAGCAGCACAGAGGGGAUAGACUGCCGUGGACUCUUGUUUAGCAUUAAAACAUUACACCUUAAAAAACUGUUUAAUGCUGAAAGAAAUGAUAGUACCAGGGGACUUCAGACACUAUAACCAGUUUAAUGAGAUGAAGCAGAUACAGUGCCUACGGUGUCCCUUUAAGUAUGUGACUGUGUGUGAUUUUAUCAACAGUAAUUAGCUGACCUUUAAUCUAUGAAAUGUGCUUACAAUCAUAUUUUAUUUCUAAUGAAGGCAAUCUGCUUUUCAAUAUUUUUCAGGUUUCCAAUGAAAAACUCUGAACAGCUUUCCAAAUGGCUUAUAGCAAUUCAACGGGGACACUGGAAACCUUCAGUUAGAAGUAGAAUCUGUGUAGAUCACUUUUCUAACAAGGAUUAUGUACGACGUCCUGGAGACAUAAUUCCGCGACUGCGACCCCAUGCAGUGCCUUCCAUUUUUAACAUAAAAAGGAAAAAUGUCAAAGAUGGGAUGAUAGAAAAAGCAGUAUCAUGCAUUGACAUGGUGGUGCAGGAUGACAUACCAGAAAAAGAAACACAUAGAUUUGUAGACCAUACAUACUCUGCAGUACAAAACAUAAUUGACAGACAUAGCUCAUGCUUGAAUCCUUCUACAAUGAACCUUAGAAGAAGAGUAAAAACUUUACAAAGGCGAGUACAAAGACAAAGGCACACAAUAACAAAACUUUGCUCGAUAAUUACACAAUUAGAGAGGAAAAAUGGAACUGAUCAUGACAACUGCAAGUUGACACCACCCAAUAGGCAGUGAAAAGAAGGACUACUUUGGAGUUCUCCUGGAUUUAUUACAAGAUAUAGACAGAUAUAAAUACAGUUGCGUGAUUUUAUCUUUUUCAAGUGACAGUAAUUAAAAAGUGCAACCAAAUCAUCUCAGAAGGAAAUUUCUUCAAUCCCAGAUAAAGGCUGUUCAAGUAUUGUAACUGUUCUGAAUCAACUUGUUCAUAAUUGAAUCCAGGAUUAUCACAUCAGAUAUGUAAAAUGUACAUAAAAAUGUAACAUCAUGUAUUAUUUCUAUUUUGCAGUGUCCAUUCUAUAAUGCUACACAAUGAAAGCACUUCUAGACACCUCCUUUCCAUUCAGGGAUUUUUUUUAACAUAAUGAAGUAUGACCUAUAGAUUUUCUUAACAAGCAAAACUACAUAUGUUACAGCUUGCAAGCCAUAGUGCAUCUUCUAUGCUUGAGGUGACAGAGCUACUUUAGGCCAGCCUUUGCCCACCAGUCUCCACCCAGAUUCCUGAUGUUUCUUCCAGUUCUUUAGCCUAUCUUUCAUAGCUCACUUUCUCCACCUUGGCUCAAAAAUACUUCUCUCCUACACACCACAUACCUUUCUUGAUGAUAUUGAAUCCAGUGGGAUAAAAGGCCAGGUGCCCAUUCAAAUACAAUUCAGUUUAAAUUUAACAAAUGUUACUAGUAAAGAGACACUAUAGCCACCAGAACAAAUACCGCUUAAAGGAACACUAUAGGAUCAGGAACACAAACAUGUAUUUUCUGACCUUAUAGUGUUAAAAACACCAUCUUGCCCCCCUAAACAUAGCAAAAUCUUACCUUUAUUGCAGUCUGCUGCUGCUGGCUCUGCCCCUGAUCUGCCUGCUUGGCUGACAUCAUCAGAAGUUGUGUUCUGAGUUUUCACAUUGGAUUCGCUGAGCUUGUCAAGGAGGCAGAUCGAGGUUAGAGCCAGUACAAGCCAAGCAGAGCCCUGGCCAAUCAUCAUCUCCUCAUAGAGAUACAUUGAAUCAAUGCAUCUCUAUGAGGAAAGUUCAGUGUCUCCAUGCAGAGGGUAGAUACACUAAAUGGCAGUGGAAGCACCUCUAGCAGCCUGAGAAGUGGCCAGUGGAGGUACUCGUAGGCCAGGGUUAGGCAACCUUCGGCACUCCAGAUGUUGUGGACUACAUUCCCCAUAAUGCUCUUUCACCCAUAAUGCUGGCAAAGCAUCAUGGGAGGUGUAGUCCAAAACAUCUGGAGUGCCAAAGGUUGCCUAUGCCUGCCCUAGGCUCUAAUGUAAACAUUGCAUUUUCUCUUACAAGACGUGUUUACUGCAAGAAAGCCUAAAUGGAAGGAUUAUACUUACCAGAACAAAUACAAUAAGCUGUAGUUGUUCUGGUGACUAUAGUGUCCCUUUAGGUUAGUGGUUCUGGUGAGUAUAGUCAGUCCCUGCAGGUUUUUCAUAUAAACACUGCCUUUUCGUAGAAAAGGCAAUGUUUACAUUUCUGCUUAUGGUUACCUCCAGUGGCAGUCACUCAGAUGGCCACUAGAGAUGCUUUUUGGGUUAGUGAUGCACAACAUGCUGCACUGACGUUCAGUGUCUCCACGUUCUGCAUGGAGAUGCUAAACAUUCCCUACCUCCUUGCCUGAGAUCAUCAAAAUUGACAAUCUGAGACAACCCAAUGCUUUCUCAUAGGAAGCGUUAAUUCUCAUGAUCUUAGCCAACGAGAUGGAUUAGGGGUGGAGCCAGCGCUGGAAUAAUGGUAAGAUUUAACCCUAAUUAAGGGGGGGUAAAGGGAGCCAGUCACCCAAAUAGUGUUUUAUAACACAAAAGGGUUGUGUUCCUGACUCUAUAGAGUUCCUUUAAAAUUACGCAAAGUUGUAAUUUUAUUAAUGACACAGAAGUGACCCCAGCACUCAGGCUUAUGAGAAAGCAUUAGCCUGAGCAGCGGUGGUGACGGGCUGAGAGCUUUAGCUGAUUGCUUUCAGCCUAUCACAGCCUCCCAUUGCUAGUAUGAAUUUUUAUGACUGACAAAUGUUGAAGCCCAGGACUUGAAAAAAUUGCUUGUCAUCUACGAGCCAGCUAAAAAAGUUAGGACCACAGUCACUGUGUUUACAUUGCUGCUUAAUUAUCACCUCUAGUGAAGUCAAAUCAGAUGUCCACUAGAGAUGAUUUUUAGUCCAGUGCUGCACAUUGUACAGCAUCUACGUUCAGCGUCUCCAUGCCCUUCGUGGAGGGAAUGAACGUUCCCAACAGCGCUGCUCAAAUUCGCUUUCCCCCAUAGAGAUGCAAUGAAUCAAUGCAUCUCUACGGGGAAAAGCUAAUUGGAGCAGCACUGUGUUUUGCGGCGCAUGAGCAAUAGCCUCCCACUGCUUUCAUAUGGCUUGGUUCAUCAAGAUUGAUUAUCUUAGCCAUGGAGGCCGGGACAGCCACAGCGAAAUCAAGGUGAGUAAAAACACCUAUCCCAUGCGAUCGAAGGUUCCCUAAACAAACACAAUUACAGAGACAUAUAUUCACAAACACACACACACUCACUAACAGACACACUCAUGACACAAAUUAUUGGUGUUUUUUUAAUUUAAGUUCAUCCAGCCUCCCUACUUUUGGGAGAGUUAGAAUGGAUCCUGUCCCUGGGGUCCAGUGAGGCUGCUGUAAUCUUCCUGCCGUUGUUACUCUGCUUCCUUGCAUGCUGUUUAGUGAUGCCGGGGCUGGAGUGAUGUCAUAUUCCAAAUCCUGCCACCUCCAUUCUCUCUUGGCCAGCCACCUAGAAAGGGCUGAAAAACAUCCAGGUGCCUGGGAUUUAUCGAGCCCUGGUGUAACCUCUGCCUUAGCCAUACCUCCAGUUGCAGCCAGUUAAUAUACCUCAAAAAUGUUUUAACUCUAAACAGAGUGGAUGGCUACAAAGAAGUCCCGGCACUUUAAUUGUGAUGAAAUAGCAAUAGUACCUAGUGUCCUGUAGCUUUUUCCCUCUGUUUACUAAGGAAGAGUUGUUUUUUUAUUUCCUCACUCCCAACCAUUUUUCCCUUGACCCUAUCUCAUUCAUAAACAGGAAAAUUAAUUAAUACUUACAGAUAUUUAACUUGCCCGAUAAUAUACCAUGGCAGUAUUCAUUCAUGGGUAAUAUCCUUGAGGUUCAAGUCCCCACACGACAGAUCUGGUCAGGAGUUACACUGGUCGCAGUUGACCAUGAUAACAAUAAUGCCCUUGUGCAUUGAGCUCUGAGGCCUCUGCGAUAGGAAUCUCUCUUGACUUGCAGGCAGUAGAUAUUGCUUGUGGCCUGAUGGAAUGGCAAACAGGCUACAGGAUCCUGGCAAGAGUUCAGUGCAUUGUAAAAAAAAAUGGACAGAUAUCUCACUAGAUCUAUUUUACCCAGAUUUGAUGGAUCCUCCAGAGAAGCAGUUAAAUCAGGAAGAAUAAUGUCCUCAUUGAAGUGAAAAAGUUACACUACCUUGGGUCUGCAUUCAAGGACUUUGCAUAAAACAACCUUGUAAAUAAGUUGAUACAUGAUUUAUCUAAUAAUAAAAUCCUCUCUCCUAAGCUAAUGUCACUAGAAGGGCUGUCUUGAAAUUGGAUGACAUCAAGAUCCUGUACUUAUUUGACUCCUGUAAAUGCAAUAAUAGUUUAAAUAUGGCCCUUUCCAAGCCAUCAUGUACAAAAUGCAGCAUAUCUGAAGAAGAAAGGGGGAGCAUUCAUGUCCCGAAAGGAGAUGCUUCCCUUGCCUUGCAAACAGUGGCUGUACAUGGCGGUUACCAUUCUGGGGGUCCUGUGCGGACAAUGGCAGAGGUUGGCUCUUUGUCGCUAGGAGGUAAACAGGUGGGAAGUUUCCUGCGCUACGACCCCCAGAUACAGAGACCUCUGGGAAGAAGACCCCGGGUAGGGAAAGUGCCCUGGGAGGGGACACUGAGUGGCGGGAUCAGGGGACAAAGAAACUGGAGCUCCGUUUCCAUUAUACGACCCUAGGAGGGGUGUGUUCCACCCCUUGCAUGGGGAAAGUAUAAAGCCGCAUGUGGCCAAUAAAGUUGUUGUACCCCUGGAACUGUGUGUCGUCCAGUUACUGGGUAGGAAAUGGGUCUGUCCAUUUAUUAAUAGCUGAGGUAUCCAGUCGGGUUACCCAGGGUCCGCUACAACAUGUAAAUAGUCUGUCGAGAAAUAGAAGAUAUGUAUAGCCAACAGGCUUGGAUGCAUAUAGUUAGCCUUAUAGCAAAACUUCAUGAUCCCUGAGUGGAGGAUGGCGGGUAGAAUCACAAGGAAAUUGGUGCCAAGGUAGUGAAAGGUAACUGUCAAUAAUAAACAUAUGCAUAGAAGAACAACAAAUUAAGAUAAAAAGCAGUUCUCAAAAUUGUAAAAAGGCAAGUAAGAACAUAAAGUAGAACAGAAUAUCAAAUGGAAACUCUGUCAGCAUAUGUCUGUGUGUGUCAGUAUGUCUGUCACUAUAUGUGCCUGUGUAUCUGUGUGUGUAUCUAUAUGUUGUCAUUGUAUGUAUCUGUGUGUGUAUCUGCAUGUGUGAAUGAGUGUCAGGAUGUGUAUGUGUGUCUAUAUGUUAUCAAUGUAUGUAUAUGUAUGUUGUCAAUAUGUGUAUAUGUGUGUACAUAUCUGUGUGCGUGUCUGUGUAUCUUCAUAUGUGUCAGGUUGUGUAUCUGUGUGUCAGUGUGUGUAUAUGUGUCUGUAAAUCUGUUUGUGUAUCAAUGUGCAUAUCUGUGUAUCUAGAAAAAAUAGAAAGAAAUGGGAUCCGUGUGAAAAUGGGUGUAGAGGGUAAUAAAUACCACCUCCACACCACCUCCACACUGAUCCCAUGCACCAGGAGGGCACUCCAGCAAUGUCCAGUAACCCUAGAUACUAGCAACAGAAACAAAAAAGCAAUAAUUCACACACUGAAUAUAAUGCUGACUGGAGAUAAAGACGUAGGCACCAAAGCAUCCAGUGGUAUGGAACAAUGUAACCAGAGGGAGACCACUAAAUAUCUGAAGUAACAGAAAGUAUCAACACAAAAAUAAACUGUCUCCAAAUAAUAAUAAAUACUGAAUACUAGUCCCAAGCCUAAGUAAGUGAGGAGAUAAAGUUACUAAUCACCUAAUUCUGCAGCAUACAUAUAGGCUUUAUUACUCCUGGCCCUUUAUUGCAUAGGGUGUUAGUAAAUCUCCACUUAGUACCUAAGCACCAGAAAAAGUGCCAAAGGGAGAAAGGUCACUGUCUAAAAGAUUGGCAGCCCUAAUAAUCAAAAGUAGACAGACGGAUAAAGUAAAAUAAAAUAAAGAAAGCCUCUCUCCUUGUGAGACUUUCUAGAUAGCUAUAGAAGAAAACAUGUAAAUCAUAAAUCCUAACAAACUCCCAUGCCUAAGUAAGUGAGGACUUGGAGAUGAAGUGCUAAACACCCAAGUCUGCAAUAUACAUAUAGGCUUAAUUAUUCCUGGCCUUUUAAUGCGUAGGGUGUUAGUAGAUCUCCCCUUAAUUCCUGAGCACCGGUAAAAAUGCCAAAGGGAGAAAAGUUACUGUCUAGAGGAAAUAUAUUGCACCGAAACACGCGUCAGGCUCUAUCCUAUGCGUCAGUUUUAACUUUCACACACACGGACACUGCACUGUGUGAUACACGUUUUUGUUAUGGUUAGGUUUUUCCUUUCAAUUUUUUUCUUCUAUGCCUAUUUAGUAAGUUUAACAGGGAGAGAGGCUUUCUCUACUUUACUUUAUCUGUCUACCUUUGACUAUUAGUGCUGCUGAUCCUCUAGACAGUAACUUUUCUCCCUUUAGCAUUUUAACCAGUGCUCAGGAAUUAAGGGGAGAUCUACCAACACCCUAUGCAUUAAAAGGCCAGGACUAAUUAAGCCUAUAUGUAUAUUGCAGACUUGGGUGUUUAGCAACUUCAUCUCCUCACUUACUUAGGCAUGGGAGUUUGUUAGGAUUUAUGAUUUACAUUUUUUUCUUCUAUGCCUUUCUAGUAAGUCUCACAAGGAGAGAGGCUUUCUUUAUUUUAUUUUACUUUAUCCGUCUGUCUACUUUUGAUUAUUAGGCUGCCAAUCUUUUAGACAGUGACCUUUCUCCCUUUGGCACUUUUUCUGGUGCUUAGGUACUAAGUGGAGAUUUACUAACACCCUAUGCAUUAAAGGGCCAGGACUAAUAAAGCCUAUAUGUAUGCUGCAGAAUUAGGUGAUUAGUAACUUUAUCUCCUCACUUACUUAGGCAUGGGAGUAGCCUUAUAAGGAUAGUUCGGUAUUUAUUAUUAUUUGGAGUCAGUUUAUUUUUGUGUUGAUAAUUUCUGUUACUUCAGAUAUUUAGUGGUCUCCCUCUGGUUAAAUUGUUCCAUACUACUAGAUGCUUUGGUGCCUGCGUCUUUAUCUCCAGUCAGCAUUAUAUUCAGUUUGUGAAUUUUUGCUUUUUUGUUUCUAUACCUGUAUAUUUGCCUGUGUUUCAGUGUGUUUGUGUGUGUAUAUCUAUUUGUGUAUAUGUGCAUACAUCUCAGCAUUCAUGCGCCAAACACUACACACAAAUACACCCCUGCAUUGAAACGUCAACACUACAUACAAACACACGUCUGUGUUAAACACCAUAAUUAUCUAUAAACACACCCCUGCAUUCAAAAAUCAACACUACACAUAAAUACAUGCUUACAUUAAAAUCCCAACACCACAUCCAAACACACUCUAAACAAAAACAUGUUUACAUCCAAACACACAAACACUGCUCAGUGCUAACUACAAACCUGCAAACAUGGGUAAAUGGUAGAGCCCCAGCUGUCAAUGCAUUGUUGGAGCUGCACGGCAGAUGGGAAUCUACAUUUUGGUCACCCUUGCGAUAUUUAAUAUUAAAGAUGGCCCUGUACAAAUUCACAAAAUUGCCAAUUUCUACUGGAAUCUGUGCUUUUGUAAAAAACAAAAAGAGGAUACACUCUUACUCUUUACAAAUAAAGCAUUCCAUCAAGCUAAAGUGCUUCAAUGAGUGGUAAAAUGCAAAGCAGUAUACCCUACUUGGGCAGAUUGAAUUUCAGGAAGGAAAUCUGCUCCUUGAGAUGAGGUGACAUUUAAGAGUGCUGAGGAUUCAGUAUUUUCCCUGUUACUGAAAACACACACUCACUUUGGACAGUAGUUGGCAGCCAUAAGAACUCCUAGGCAACCAGAUGGAGUGCAGGCCAUGCACUCUACUUGACAUUCCAGUAGCUAAGAGGGUCAUCAAUAGGAGGCAAAAGAGGUUCAGAGAUGUAAACUCUGACAUUUCAAAGGCUAUUUCAGUGGAUCCUCUUUCAGUCUGAUUAAUAUUUUGUUGAGAGUGUGUACAUUCAGAGCAGACCUCAAUUUCCCCUAGGGCUUUGGUGCUAGAAAUAAUCUGGAAUAGAAUUUCCUUGAAUUGCUUUUCUUUUGGAACAUUUUCUUGAAGAAGAGAAGCUAUGGAAUUUUGCAGGGUUUUGAGCUUUCUAUUCUCUAAAGGAGCUUUGGAGCAAAAAUAGUAUUUUGUGGGUAUUUUCUUGAAACUUAGAAAUGUAUGCGGUUACCCUCUGAAGUCGUCUAUUACCUAGGAACCUGGUACAGUUGAGACCCAAACUUCUGUAAAAAAGAUAAGUCUGGCUCCUACCUUUGAAGAUAGGUUCACAAAUCCAUCAAAACUUCUGGUUUUGUUUGGAAGAGUUUUGUGUGAUCUUCCUCCUUGAUGAGAUGACAGGUUGUUCCUCCAAUAUUGGAACCUAUACAAAUUAUUUCCUGGUCAGUAUUGCAGGCAUCUUGAAAAGAAAGGAACUAGUUUAUUCUGCUACUUUCCUAAAACAUUAGUCAAGAUUUUCACUAAACAAUAUCCAUCCCCUUGAAGGGCAUUGCACCUCGGUGGCUUUGGAUGUGGUGUCAGCCCCCAGCCUUUCAAACAUAGUGCACAUCUAGUGGCUACUGAAAGAAUCUUAGAUUUGGAAGAUGCACUCACCAAAACCACAGACUCUCCCUACUGCCCGGCUCCCUGUAUUUACCAGCCUAGCUAA